UCAGGGAGUGUUCCCAUCAAGACCUUGGUAUUCCCCACUGAGUCAUGCACCAGUUUUGCUGAGAUGAUCCCUCAGAAGCCGCUGAACCUGACUGCGUUCACUCUGUGCAUGCGGGUGGCCACGGAGCUCAGCGGCCAGCGAGAGAUCAUCCUCUUUGCAUACCGGACUGGAAGCUACGAUGAGCUGAAUGUGUGGUGUGAACUGGAUGGAAGACUGUCCUUUUACAUGGCUGGAGAUCCUGUUUUAUUCAAAGUCCCUGACUUCGGAGCCCUGCAGACCCACCUGUGUGUCACCUGGGAUUCCACUUCAGGUUUAGCUGCCCUCUUCCUGGAUGGCAAGAGGAGCUUAUCCAAAAUCUACAGGAAGGAUCACACUGUCAGCCCAGGAGGCAGGGUUAUCCUGGGACAAGAUCCGGAUUUUUAUCUGGGUGAUUUUGAUAAACAUCAGAAUUUUGUUGGUGAGAUCUGUGAUGUGAACAUGUGGGACGUUGUUCUGCCAGAUAGCGUGAUCCAAGGCAUGUUUGCAGGGGAGAGAGAACCAAGAGGAAAUGUUUUUGACUGGGAAAGCACAGAGCUGAGAAUUAACGGGGACGUAGAGGUCGCCAUUCGUGAGCUGUACACUCCUGAAGCUGACGUGUGA